CGGCCAGCAUUGUCCCGUGUUGUCAGUUCGCGGCAAGCCAGCAUCGCGUGCGGUUUGUGUGUCCCCAUCCGGCGCGGCUAGCGGGAAAAUGUGACAAUUCAAACGGUUCGUCUGUCUCUCUGUGGUUAGAAUUGGAUCAUACUCGCAUCCCCCGAAAACAUUCCGGUCAAUUGGCCGUAGGAAAUCAGCCGGCGUGUACAGUGAAUCGAUCUCUUACACCAGUGUCCAGUGUCGUGCGCGUUCCACCGGUUUGUGUGACAGUGUUGUGUGUAUUGUGGCGAAACGAUCCGCGGCCGAAAGAAGUAAAUCGGCCUCGUGAAAUGAUCCGUAGCCUCUUCGUGCAGUUUCGACCGUGGAAACUAAGGAUCGUGUCGGUAUGUCCCCGUGUCCGUUGACUCGGGGUCGAAAGUCCUUGAGCCCGACGUUUUUCGGGCGUUUAUCUUGAUCGCGCGACAGCCCGGGAGAAAAAAAGCCGAGAGCAACCAUAACCAAAGAGUUCCUCGUUGAAAACACUUGGGCAUCGGUCGCGCGUCUACGUCCGUGACGUAUCGUUCAAGUUUUCCCAUCGAAAGCUGCGACGCUAGCAAAAGGAGCGACACGAUGAAUUAGUGUCCGGCGAGCGCGCGCGCGAGAAAAUCCGUCGGCGAAAGUAUUCGAUCGGUAGCCGAUCGGAAGCAUCAUCGAGCUCGUUCUCUAGCUCGCCAAGCGAGAAAGAAAACGCAUUCGCGUGCGGUGUAUUGCGAAAUAAGCGGGAAAAUGGCGAUGACAACGCCGACACGUUGCCGCGGCGGUGGCGGCGGCGGCGAGAAUCUAUCCGAGGAUAUCACGAACGAGGACGAGCUGGCGAACACCGGUAAUUUCGAGCCUCUGAGCGACUCCUGCGGCGAGAGCGACAUGGAGGGUCUCGAUCUCUCUCUGUUCGAGCCCCAGGUCGACGCAGGUUCCUGGUGCGACUCCCGGAUUCACGCCGGCACUCUUCAUAUCCUGGUCCAUUACUGCGAAGCCGAAUGCUGCGUCGGCGAAGCUGCCGGAGAGGCGUGCUGGGAACCUUGUUACUGCGUUCUCCUUCAAGACGAGCAGACCCUCACGGCUUACAGGAGCGAGGACAUGGCUCUGUUCGCCGGGACCGCCUGUUUGUUCAAGUCUCACAACAAGUUGGGGGAUGCGAUGUUCGUCGAACUGCCACGUGUUCGAUUGGACGGCGGGGCACGUGCUUUCCGGCAACAUUGGGGCUACGAAUCGCGACCCCUGGCACCACCGCCGCCAUUGAUCGAGGAAGACGAAGCUGCUGUUGAACCAGAAACCGUCAGCCUUCGGGAAGCCAACACCGCGUCUCCAAUAGGAACAACUUCCUGCGAGGCGGGGCACUUAUCGUCACCGACAACCGCACAUCCUAUGGUCGUUUCAAGACGUAGAAUCACCAGCGAAGACAGUCCAACUCCGGCAGUUCGCCGGAUUUAAUCGCAACGCGAUCCCAAGGUCACGUUGUUUUACUAAGGAAAACCGCGACGCAUUGAUUCAUACGGAAGCAUCAUAGUUCGAUCAUCGCAGGAGGAGCGCGGACUGGUAGUUGAAUUUUUUGCGGUGCGUGAAUACCAGUGUCUGUUAACAGUCUGUUAUAAAUAAAGUACUAUAAAUAAAGGAUCGAGUAAAUAAUGUUUGAAAAGUGACUAUUAGUGAAUGGAAUUUUCUGGAGUGAAAUGUAAAUUGUGUUUGUUGCAAUAGUGUUAAUAUAGGACGUUGCCUCGGAAAAAGAAAAAUCGUUGACGCAAAUUCUGUGAUAAUUACGGUCGAUGAGCGUAGCUUGUUUGAAAAAUUAGACAUGUAGCUCUCUUCUAUAAGUGUUUAGGAGGACAAGAAGUAAAGUAUUGUUUAUAAAUAGACUAGUCUAUCUGCAAAUAUUGAAUUU